AGAGAGAACGAGAGCGAGACCGGCUGCACCCACGAACCGUUAUCCACCUGCAAAUAAAGCGUUCAUGGAAUCUGCACAUUCCUCGCUGACGUCACGGCGGAUGGAAUUAUAGAAACAACGUCGCGACUCGCGCGAAACAAGCAGUCGCGCUCUUCUGUUAUGAUAUAAAGUGCACUUUGGAACACUUCCUCGCGACAGCGCUACACGCGCGGAAUGUCCCACGGAAGCGCAGGCGAACAACAGGUGGAUUCAGAGGCCAAUCCAGACCUGGAAGUAGCCAUACUUCUGUGUCUCUCCGCCCCUAUGAGUAACCAUAGCAAAGACAACGUAAAAUCCAGCGUAACGGAAAGAAGAUGAAUAACACGCUCGCGAUAUGGAUCAUUUCAGCGGUGACGAGACAUUGGGAGCAUUACAGACAAGAUUGACCGCUCACACAGUUUACUCGGAGUUAUGUUACUUUACAUCUGACGUCGUCUUCUGAUACACAGAGGCGGUUUUAUUUCUGUCCCAGGAGAGUGUUUGUAGACUUUUGGAGUUAUCAUGCCUGUCAGUAACGGAUCGAUGAUGGAUUUGCCCUCGGAAUAUGUGAAAGUAAAGGCGCAUUACGGAGGGGACAUGCUGAUCUCUGACUUGGAUUUGGCCAUGACGUACACAGAGGUGUGUGAGGAGGUGAGAACGAUGUGUGGGGUCAGAAAGGAGAUGCCAAUUACACUCAAGUGGAUUGAUGAUGAAGGGGACCCGUGUACCAUUUCAUCCCAGAUGGAGCUGGAGGAAGCAUUCAGGAUCUACAACCGGAACCGGCGUUCCGGACUCCUUUUGCAUGGUACUCAUUCACUCAGAACAUCUGAAAUAAAUCUAUUUUCAAUUGUUCUAGUAGCAGAAUUACUCUAUUUGUAUUAGUAUCCAUUUAUUUAA